UCGGGAUAGCCUCUGAUUACUGAGGAAAUUUUGACCUCAUGUGCACAUGACGGAGGAUAACUUAUCAAGCUCGAAAUGUCUUUGUCUCACUUGUUGCUAGGUUAGAGUUGGAAACCUUAUCAGCUUUUUUCUGUGCUAAUGGAAAACGCAGGAAGGUGUCUUCUAGGAAGAAAAAAAAGAUGAAAGUGCCGAAUAUUUCUCGAUAUGGAUGCUUUUUGCGCAUGGAUUUUUGGAAAUUUAUUCUCAUUAUGGCGAUUAAAGAGAAUAAUACAGCAUGUUGCCUUUUGAAAUGAAGUUCGAGUCUGUCCUGAAAACAGAAUGGAAAAUUUUUAUUUGUUUCCUGCUUAUCACGUGGUUCCUUGGCUUAGGAUUCUGCAUGCCGCCGAACCCUGAUGGCGAAAAGAAUUUUCAAAACUCAGUCGAAAAUUCCUCGACGCUUGAAAUGUACAGCAUGCCAUCUCAAGGAAAGACUUAUGUUCAGAAUCUUGAAAUUGAUAAUAUAAAAUUAGAUGAGCAACCGUCUCAUCUAAACCAGGACAUCAAUCAAAAGAUAAUAUCUUUUCAUUCUGUUAACGGAAAUGCAAACAGUUCUACUGGUUGGAUACUUCCCGAUGGUUAUAAAGAAGACUUUGAUAGUGAUGUGAGUGAGAUUUUGUUGCAGAACAAUGAUAUUGAUGCUGCUGGAGUACCCAAUUCCUUUUUUGUAGGCGACUUACUUAUCGUCAAGGGUAAGGAGGUUCUUCUGAAAGAUGACGACAGCACUCCUGAGGAGAGUGUGGUCCACAUACGUCAUCGGACGUCAUCGUCAAUGAAUGGCGCUGAAGUACCAUUCAUUGAUGAAGACUCCCGUAAGCUGGGAAACAGGAACUUAAGCCGGAAGCGACGUCAGAGACCGGAUACACGGCAGGGUCAUCGUCGCCAUCGAAAACGCAAGCGUCGCCAUAGGCUCGUUCUGAAGCCUCGCGAAAACAACCGGAACUACUUGACGGAUUCCAAAGAGGACCUCCAGAGAGCAGCAUCGGCUAUUGCUCAAUUCGGACAGUCCGGGUUACGUAAUCAGCAGCGCAAGCGAAGUGAAAAAGGACUGGUGCCGCACUAUCCCUUUGAGACAGAAAGUGUCGGAAAUGCAUUGCCGCUCCAAGAACAUCAUGAACAAUUUCUGCUACGGUCAGUGCAAUUCUUUUUUCAUCCCUCAUGCGGGAAGGACAGGGAAUAA